GCUGCCCGCUGCUGCUCAGUCCGCCAUAAAGCUCCAGCAGCAGCGGCAGCAGCACUGGUAGCCAUUACGGGUGUUUUCUUACUGGCGCUUCUGUGUCUCCGCUCCGCUCCCGCUCCUCUACCCGCCGAGCCCGCGUUUACCGCCCGCCCCGAUGAAGGAGUUCCGCCCGGACUGACUCUGGGAGAAUGGGGGUUUUAAACAUUUCAGACCAGCCACCUCUGGUCCAGGCAAUAUUUAAUCGGAAUGCAGAUGAAGUUCAGUUAUUUUUGCACAAGAAGGAUGAAGUCAAUGCACUGGACCAAGAGCGACGCACACCUCUGCAUGCUGCUGCUUGGUUGGGGGACGUCCAUAUAAUGGACCUCCUCAUUUCUGCAGGUGCGAAUGUCAAUGCAAAAGACCAUGUGUGGCUAACACCGUUACACAGGGCAGCUGCCUCCAGAAAUGAGAGGGCCGUGGGGCUGCUGCUCCGAAAGGGGGCCGACGUGACGGCGAGGGACAAGUUCUGGCAGACGGCACUUCACAUCGCAGCAGCCAAUCGGGCCACUCGCUGCGCAGACACUCUGCUGCCCCACAUCAGCAGCCUGAACAUAGCGGACCGCACCGGCCGAGCUGCUCUUCAUCACGCCGCCCAGAGCGGCUGCCAGGAGAUGGUCAAAUUGCUGCUGAACAAAGGAGCCAGUUUGAGUGCCAGUGAUAAGAAGGAGAGGCAGCCCAUCCACUGGGCUGCUUAUCUGGGUCAUCUGGAGGUGGUGAAACUGCUGGUAUCUCAGGGCUCAGACAAGAGCUGUAAGGAUAAGCGAGGCUAUACUCCUCUCCAUGCUGCUGCUGCCAGUGGACACGUCGAUGUGGUCAAGUACCUGUUACGCAACGGAGCAGAGAUUGAUGAGCCCAAUGCCUUUGGAAACACCGCUCUGCAUGUAGCCUGCUACACGGGGCAGGAGGCAGUAGCUAACGAGCUGGUGAACCGCGGGGCUAACGUCAACCAGCCCAACAACCGUGGCUACACCCCACUGCACUUAGCCGCCGUGUCCACUAACGGUGCCCUCUGCCUGGAGCUGCUGGUCAACAACGGGGCUGACGUCAACAUGCAGAGCAAAGAAGGCAAGAGCCCCCUUCACAUGGCCGCCAUUCAUGGACGCUUCACUCGCUCCCAGAUUCUCAUUCAGAAUGGUGGGGAGAUAGACUGUGUGGACAGAUAUGGCAAUACUCCUCUUCAUGUUGCUGCUAAGUAUGGCCAUGAGCUGCUCAUCAGCACCCUAAUGACAAACGGUGCUGACACGGCCAGGCAAGGGAUUCACGGGAUGUUCCCACUGCACCUAGCUGUGCUCUACGGGUUCUCUGACUGUUGUCGCAAGCUACUCUCCUCAGGUCAGCUGUACAGCAUAGUGCUGUCUAUGAGCAAAGAGCACGUGCUCUCAGCUGGCUUUGACAUCAACACUCCAGAUGACUUUGGGAGAACCUGCUUACACGCUGCUGCCUCUGGAGGAAACACUGAAUGUCUCAACCUGCUCUUGAGCAGUGGUGCUGACAUGAACAAGAAAGACAAGUUUGGAAGGACCCCUUUGCACUAUGCGGCUGCCAAUAGGAGGUAUCAGUGUGUGGUGAUUCUGGUGGGAGCGGGGGCAGAAGUCAACGAGCCUGACCGAUCAGGCUGCACACCUUUACACUACUCUGCUGCAUCAACAGCUUUCUGCAGGCAGGACAGAGCCCAGCAGAGCCCUGAGGAUGGAGAAAAGGAAUCGUUCAUGUGUGUGGAGUAUUUGCUGGAUAAUGGAGCAGACCCAUGUAUGCGCAACUCUAAAGGAUACAGCCCUGUUCACUACUCAGCUGCUCAUGGAAACAAGCAGAGCCUGGAGCUGCUGUUGGUGAUGUCCUUCAACACAUCAGGAGAUGCAGAGAGCUGUGGACCGGUCAGUCCGUUACACCUAGCAGCGUCAGCAGGACACUGGGAGUGUGUGAAUGUGUUGUUGGAGUCAGGAAUGCAGGUGGAAGUGUGUGACUCAGUGGGUCGCUCUGUGCUCUAUGUGGCCUCUCAGAAAGGCCAUUCCCGCUGUGUAGAGCUCCUGCUUAGCCAGUCAGCGUCCUGCCUGUUCACCGAGCACUGCAGCAGGUGGACCCCGCUCCACAUUGCAGCUGUCAAUGGCCACACGGAGUGUCUACAGAUGCUUAUAUCCAGCAAGGAGGACCCUGAUCUCCCUAAUAUUUCAGACACUGAGGGACAAACUCCUCUGAUGCUGGCUGUACUGGAUGGCCACAUUGACUGUGUGCGUUUGCUGCUAGACCAAGGGGCCUGUCCUGAUAGUAAAGACAGGAAAGGCAGGACGGCCUUACACAGAGCGGCGUUACUGGGUUGGGAGGACUGUGUGACCGCUCUGCUGUCCCACAAUGCCUCAGUCGUGAGUCGAGAUGUUCGAGGACGCACUCCGAUCCACUUGGCUGCUUCUUGUGGCCACGCUGAGAUUCUGUCCAGCCUGCUGUCUGCUGCUGACCACUCCCACCCACAAGAUCCAAUCACUGACCGCCAUGGCUUCACGCCUGCACACUGGGCAGCCUAUCAUGGUCAUGAAGACUGUUUGGAAGUUGUACUUGAACUUAAACCAUGUAGUAUUCAGGAGGGAAGUCCCUUCACCCCACUGCACUGUGCUCUAAUUAAUGGCCAUAGUGGUUCUGCAGAGAUGCUCUUGAACUCAAGCUUUGGCACAUCACUGGUCAAUACCGGUGAUGCCAAAGGAAGGACCGUGCUCCAUGCAGCCGCCGUAGCAGAGGAUGUUGCCGGGUUGCAGCUUAUUCUGAGAAUGGGGGCUGAAAUUAAUGCUGUGGACCACUCGGGCCGCUCUGCACUAAUGGUUGCUGCUGACAAGGGCAGGAGUGCUGCUGUGGCCCUGCUGCUGCACAGAGCCAAAGCAGACCUGUCUAUACUGGAUGAAAAUAAGAACACCGCCCUGCAUCUGGCCUGCAGCAAGGCUCAUGAGAUGUGUGCCAUGCUGAUCUUGAAAGAGAUUCACAAUCCCGUUCUCAUCAAUGCAACCAACAGUAUGCUACAAAUGCCUCUUCACAUAGCAGCCCGGAAUGGCCUGGCCACAGUAGUUCAGGCUUUGCUGAAUCGUGGAGCCACAGUGCUGGCAGUGGAUGAGGAAGGUCAUACCCCUGCCCUGGCAUGCGCCCCCAACAAAGCAGUGGCUGACUGCCUAGCUCUCAUUCUCUCAACCAUGAAGCCUUCUUCCUCCUCCACCGCCUCCUCCUCCCCCUCGUCUCCCAGCCUGAACCUGCUCAAACACUGCGGCAUCACGGCCGCCUGCCCCCCUCUGCCCAACGGAAGCCUUCGCCACACUUACGGCAAGGAUCGACACGGCGCCACCAUCGGCCUGGACGGCUGCCUGACCGAGUGAGGCGUUCCCUGGAAAUGUACAACACUCAGAAUACCAGUUCUUUGUGUUUGAGUGUGUGUGUGUGUGUGUGUGAGAAUGUGUGUAUAUGUUCGUAUGGAUGCUCAGUUUGGUCUUCUCUCCUUUAGACACCUAGUCAAAACGAUAUGCAAUUACAGCCACAUAACCCUCCUGCCCCAUUUAUCACCAGGUUUUCUUUAGCCUUUAGUCGAAGACGACGAGGAAUUAAUAGAAUUGGUUUUAUUUAUUUGUGGUAGUUCUUGAUGACCAUUUUGUUUUUCAAGUCAAGAAUCUGAUAUUCCAAGCCAUCUAUUGUAGUAGGAUUUACAUGAGUGCUAACUAAGUGGUUUUAGGACUUUUUCCUUUCUUGUUUUUUUUUUUUUUUUUUUUUUUAAUAAUUUAAGCCCAGUUUACUUGGCUAAGGUUAGUAUUAUGCAUCUGCAUCUUCUCGGUCACAGUGGCGACAAGCGUGCGGUUUUCAUAUCAUGCUUCCCAUGUCUUGAGAAGCUGUGGCCUUGCGUAGGAAUUUACAGCCUGUCCUGUUAAACGGGUCACUCUAAACUAGCAUGAAGGUGCGGGCCAGGAGUUAGAUGGGCUUAAAUUUUUUUCUUUGUGUGUGUGGUUGAGAGUCUAGGUGUUUGUGGUAUGUGGUGUGUUUUCUCUUUUUUUUUUUUUUUCUUUUUCUUUUUUUUUCUUGAUUUGUUUGGUAUGUGGUACAGUCCAACCAGAUUUCCAUCCCAUACUUGAUUCGAUUUUUCUUUUUUUUUUUUUUUUUUUUUUUUUUUGGAAAAAGCUUGUGCAUUGUAUGUCGGGUGCAAUCAAAUUUAGCACAAAUGAGGAAAAAAAAUACUUUGUUUUUGACAAGGGAAAAACCAUACAACCUUAAGCCAAACGACCAAUGACCUCUGGGUUGGAAAGGUCAAAAAUGGUGCAUGUUUACUGUAGUGUGUGUGUGUUUGUUUUUUUUUUUUUUUUUUUUUUUUUUUUGUUUAGUGAGGAAGGAAUAAGCUGGGGACAUUGCAAUAGGUUUACACAGAACAUUAUAUUUGUUACUCCAGAUCACUGCUUUAAAAAAAAAUACCGUUUAAAACAGGAAAAGCAGCGAGAAGAGUAAUACUCGUGUGUACCAUCAGCUAUUAGAUAAACUGAGGAGGAAUUGAUGAAAGCACAAGCUACAGCGCGGGUGGGGUGGGCGGCGUUGGCCUGUUAAAAUUGAAAUUGUGGUGUACAGCACUUGCUCCUUGGGACCACCUCUUUAUUAACAUUUUGUAUUUUUUUUUUUUUAUUAUAAUAUCUCAAGCGAACACUUCAUUUCGGGAGGAAGCAGGAGAGAACAGUUGAAAGCUGCUAGCUUGAAUCUCCAUGUAGUGCGUAUUAUUCUAUUUCUUUUCUUUUUUUUUCUUUUUUUUUUUUUUCUAGUAUUAUGAAUAUAAUUUAUAUAUAUAUUUCCCCCCUCUAUAGCAGACCAUAUCAAAGCCUAACAACAUCUAACUAUAAUGUCUUGUAUUGCAUUGAGCUGCUUUUUGCAGUGCCUUUUCCUCCAGAGCUCUUUUUUUUUUUCUCUUCAAUGGUCCAGUCAGUUAGAUUUGACACCAUUCGUUCACAGCUUAAGUGGUGCUUCCUCUUACACAGUACGUUAACUCUUUAACUUUAGCCAUAUGGAGCAUUUUUGUUGAAGCGUUUUGCUGUUAAAAAGGAGUUAAUUUUGACUCAGUUCUCAGUGUUUUUAUUAAGGAGUGACUUCACUAGUAGGUGCUCUGUGGGAAAGAGCUUAUGUUUUUCUGAGCAGCUUUUCUCUGUCAGGGAGUGAAUGGCUUUAACUUCUGCAGUUCAUACACUUUCAAAUAUACACAAGAACAUUCGCGCAAACGAAAGUCGCCAUUUGUGUGAUGUUGAAUAUGAUGAUCUGGCUAAUUUUUCUAAUUUUUUUUUUUCCCUGUUUAUCGGUAUGACCAAAGUUUUUGUUCGUUCGUACGUUCAUUCUUUUCCUUAAUCGUCUUUUUGAUGAUCUGGUUUAAAAAAGAAAACAGUUUUAAAAAGGACAUUGUGCGUCUUUCACUUGUUGAAAAUCUUUUAAAGCAGCAUGUUGUGUCCCCCCACUUUUUUCUUCUUUUUUUUUUUUUUUUUUUUUUUUUUUUGUACGAAAUGCUUCCUUAUUGCCAAAGGUAGAUUAAUUAACUGUUCAAUGUACGAAUGUGCUUCCUUUCUUCAUUUUACGUCUAAGCCACAAAAUUUCCGAGAGUAGAUUGGGGCCGGAAAAUAUCCUCCACUAAUAUCCCUUUCAUUUGCAGAACAUGGACAUGCAAUAUUUGCUUGAGUAGUAAAGAGACAAUCAAUUGAAAGGGCUUUUAAUUUCCUCUCCUCUAUUAUUAUUAUUAUUAUUAUUAUUAUUAUUAUUAUUGUUAUUACUAUGAAUAAAUAAAUGGCUCACUUUUCAUAAUGCAUUUAAACAGCACAGGUGAGACAUUCAGACCUAAAGUACGUUAUAAAUGGAAAUCUACAAUUUUUAAGCUAAAUUAGACACUUUGGCCUUUAAGAUCUGCUUCUAAUUCAAGUGUAGGCUUUACUUUUUGGACUUUUCCUGUGUUUUCAUUAUUGGUGAGUAGGCAGUCAUCAAUAUAGGGGGCGCUUUAAAGACUUUAUUUGAAAUUACAGAGAAUCAACUUGCUUUAUACAGUGGAGCUCAGCUACAGGCCUGAGAUAAAGCACUUGUUUGGCUGCUUGAUUUUUAUUUAUUUUUUUGGAAAAAAAGGCACUUUUCCGUAUCCUAUUGGUAAAACUAUUUCUGGUUUUUAAUGCAGCUUAAAUGAGUUCAAAAACAGAAGCUGUAUUUGGAAGUUUACGGAUACUGAUCCAAAAGUGAAAUUAGACUUUAGUAUAGGCACUCAGGUCAGCGUGAUGUUGUUAUAAGCAAUUAAUAUAGAUUAGCACUGCCAGCUGUUGUAUUGAUGGAUUGAAUUUUACAAGCUAGAUUAAAUUAUUGAAGGAUUAAAUCUGUCUGGAGGGUGCACAUAAAUGGAUUUAGCUUUGUUUUGUGACUUAUGGAUUGGAAUUGAGGCUGUGCUCAGUGAUGAGCAGUCAGCUGUGGGGCUGUAGGUUAUUGUGUAUAAUGAGGGCGACACUUGUUGGCUGAAUCAACUUCUUGACAACAGAUAAAAACCUAAAUACGAUAAUACCCUUUCUAAAAUAUAUGAUCAAUUGUGCCAUAAGAAUUUUUUCAUCUCUCUGCCUUUUAUUUGAUUGAGUUUGGGGUAAUCGUAGUGCAUAAAUUAAGUUCAAUAUUUUUGUGAUCUCACCUUAAACAAGUUAGAAGUAACUUUUUUUUUUUUUAAACAAUAUAAAUCGAUCAGCUGUAACAUUACCACCACCUGACAGGUGAAAUUAAACUAUUGAUUGUCUUGUCGUCUGCAGUGGCAACAGGUCAGUGAUGUGAUUUUCAAGUAGGCCCCUCCUCACAAAUUACAGGUCUAUUUCAGAUAUCUUGUCUUUGGGUUUGGAAAAUGGCACUACAUACAUUGAACUUUUUAUUAGGGAUCUUUGAUGCCUCAAAUGGUCAAAUCAGUUGUGGUUGCACAAGGGUGAAGGCCAAUUUCUACUUGUGCAUCAAACCUAUGGCAUAGCCUAUGCGUAUACAGCGAGAGUGUUGUAUGUAGUACAAGCAUGUUUAUAAUUCUGCGUGCGCGUAUCAGUGGCUUUGCGUCUCUCUGCAGUUUAAACCGUGAAGGUGGGAGGGUGUGAGCAGGAACACAAGGCCCGUCGGACCAAUCACAGCUGCAUCUGUCUGUCUAAGCCCUAUCCGGAAGGGAUUCGUUUCUCAGGGGGAUAUAAUAUAUAAAAUAUUUCACAUUUUCAAACUCUUGUGUCCGGACUGCAAUUGAAAAAAAAAACAAAACAGGAGGAUCAUCGAGAAAGCCGAAACCAUGGAGUUCAGCGAAAAACAGUAGAUAAUUCUGCCUGUAAUUUUCUCAGAGGAUGUCAGAGAAACACGUACAUGGUCCUUCUGGACGAGAAAAAAUCCUAGAGGACCCCCAUAAAAGAGAAAAGUACCCCAUGUACCCCUAUAAAAAACUAAUCUUUUCUUCAUUGAGCUUUAUAGUUACAUUUCCAGUGAGGUGGGAGUCGAGCUAUGGCGUUUGGUAAAUGGCGAUGCGUAGGUUCGGUGCAGAAGUAUAAAUUGUCUGUAAAGGGGGAACACCUCAAUAGUAGGAAGGUGGUGCUAAUGUUAUGGCUGAUCUGUUGUUUUAUAUUGGUCUAUAAAAAUGUAUCAGUGCAAACCUUUUAAGUAAACAAUCCAUUUGUCACAAUCAAAAAGGUCUAAGAAGUAAAAUGUGUCUCUUCGCAAGGCCAGUAAUCUGUUAAUUGGCAAAAAAAUAAAGUCUUUUAGCAUUUGAUAAAAUGAUGCCUUAACUGUGUCAAGAGGAGGAGGGUUUGAGUGCAUUUCCUUUUGUUUUUGCUGUAAUGAUGUGGAGUAACAUGCAUGUCCAUGGGGUUCUGAGGGUGAUCUUGCAAAUUUUUAGACACACCAAUCAAGCUAUGAUGCUUGCAAUGAAUUGUAAGCAAAAAAUAAGUAGAUUAUUAAAAAAAUAAAAUAAAAAAAGUUUGCGUGAAGUUAAAACUAGAACAGCCUUUUAAACGUUGCAUCCGAUUAGCAGAAAAUGGGGAUAGAUAAGAUGUAGCUACUUCAGACUGUGUCUUAAUGGUGUAAGUGUGUGUGUGUGUUGUUGUGUCUGUGCUGUGUGUCUAGCUUAUUACUCUCAAAGGUGGUGUGUGGACUGAUGGAAUGUCUAAUUUACCUCAGUGGACUUCAGUGUCCCUUCUACUUGAAGACACGUCCGUUUAAGGCAAUAUAUAUACAUAUAUAUGAAUAUAAAUACCUAUUUGAUUUAUGCUAUGUCCUAUUUAUCUCGAGCUACUUGCCUUAAGAGGAAAUGGUGUACUCAACAAGCAGUUGCAGCACUUGAGAGAUGAUGAGGAGGAGGAGGAGGAGGAUGAGGGUGAGGAGGAUUUUUCUGAAUUUUGGGUCUGCUAUUUGUCUGACCCCAAUAUUGUCAAGAAGCACACAUCUAUUGGGUUUGUUUUUUUUUUGUGUUUUAUUUUUUUUCCUGCAGAGAAAGUAAUAUACAUUUAUAUACAUAUAAACACAAACACACAUUGCCACACACUAUAUAUGUUUAAUGAUGGGUCACAUGACUUUAUCUAUCACCAACUAACUAGGUAACAUCCUCUCUUUUGUUGUGUGUGUGUGUGUGUGGUGAUGGAUGAAUAGACCAGUGGGUGGGUUUGUAUGUGUGUAGAGUAUUUUUUUUAUUUUUUUUUUUUCUGCUUUCAGUCACAGUCACGUGGUACUAUUUGUUGUAUAUCCAGAGUUUAGCAGCUGUAAGCCAGUCAGUUAUUCUAUCUGAAGUCUAUCAAGUUUAGUCGUGAACUGUGCUUCGUUUCCUUACUUUUACAGUGUAUCUAUCUAGUUUGUAGUUGUUUCUUUUUGUCUAAACAACACAAAAAUCGACUGUUUUUACCCUUUAAAUCCCCCAAAAAACUGACAAAAAAACCCACUGCAAACAUAACAUACCUCUGACUAGUAGUACAUCCAUAUAGGACAAAAGGGGCAAAGGACUUCCACCCAAGAAACCUUUUCGCAAAGAGCAAAUAAAUAGGAAUGAUACAAGGAAUAGAACUUACCGAAGUGAAUCGCAUCAAGACCAAACGGAGCGUAAAGACUGGAGCAGAGAUUCGUAUUACUUUUGUAUUGUAUGUUUGAGAGCUAUUACAUUGUGUGUGUGCACACACCCAUAGAGAUGCACUACUGUGUCCUUGCGGAAUGAUGCGGCAAGGUUUUAAUAACGUGUAUGUGUGUAUAUAUAAGCUGUUUGGUUACAAUAUUACAUCACUUUAAUACUUUUAAUUGUAACAAAUGAAUGAAGGCAAAUAUUGUAAAGUUAUUGUGAAGAAUUUACUAAACAAUCGUCAAUAUUGCUAAAGUCAUAAGGCUGGUUUAUACUUCUGCGUUGCCUACGGCGAUCGUGAGUCAGUGAGACUGCGCCGCUCUGCAGUUUAAACAGCAAACUGGACCAAUCACAGCUGCUGCUGUCUGCAUCACGUAGUUACAGGGAUUGGACAAUGAAACCGAAAUACCUGACAUUUUAGUGUGGGAGGUUUCAUGGCUAAAUUGGAGCAGCCUGGUGGCCAAUCUUCAUUAAUUGCACAUUGCACCAGUAAGAGCAGAGUGUGAAGGUUCAAUUAGCAGGGUAAGAGCACAGUUAUGCUCAAAAUAUUGCAAUGCACACAACAUUAUGUGUGACAUACCAGAGUUCAAAAGAGGACAAAUUGUUGGUGCACGUCUUGCUGGCGCAUCUGUGACCAAGACAGCAAGUCUUUGUAAUGUAUCAAGAGCCACGGUAUCCAGGGUAAUGUCAGCAUACCACCAAGAAGGACCAACCACAUCCAACAGGACUAACUGUGGACGCUAACCCGGAUUGUGUCCAAAAAAAACUAAAACCACGGCUGCUCAAAUCACGGCUGCUCAAAUCACGGCAGAAUUACGGCAGAAUUAGACAAUAACUUAUUGUGGUCUAAAACCAGGUGUUUCAGUUUCAUUGUCCAACCCCUUUACCUUUCUGUGGAGGUACAUGGCUACGUGCAGGGUACAGGUAGGCUAUGUCGUAUGUUCAAAGAAAAGUAUAAAUUAGUCUUAAGGCGCUGACACUGUUUCAAAGAUCAAACAACUAAAUCCUGUGUCAUGCUGCUGCUACGGCAUCAGCUGCCAGAGUCAGAGAGAACACAGUGUGCCACCCCCUCCCCCACCUCCUUGGUGGCAGUUGGAAAAGAGGCAGAGUGUGACUUAAAAUAAAGUGAAUUGGUGAUGGGUUAAGUGGCAGGGAGAGCCAUGUGUAAGCACUGUAAGUAAGUCAUUAAUAUGUGGAUAGUAGUACAGGAGAUUCUGAAAGUUUAGAAAGCAUUUAUCUGGUUAUCUUACCUCAAAACUAGGAAACAAAUAACCGAGAAAGACAAAAGACUGUGCUUGUUGUGUUUGCGUGGUACAGUCGAUUCCGUUAACGUUGUUGCGAAAGAAUGAAAUGACGAAAGAGAGCAAGUUCUGAGGCCUUUAAGAGAAUGAUGAGAGAUUCUUUUUUUUAUUGUAGGGUGCUGAUGAACUACUACAAAAAUUGAUGUCCUUUUAACUUUUAGCUAUAAUAAGGGUUAAAAAUCGUUCAAUGCCACCAUUGUAGCUUUUUUCUUUUUUUUUUUUUUCCCCCCUCCCUGAUUUGAUACGAUAAUCUUCCCCCUGACGUUAAAUAUGGUAAAAUAUGCGAAUGAUUGUUGUAAAACAGCUGCUUCAGUAU